AUGAAUAUAUUCAUGAAAGUUGGUUUAUCAUAUUUAGUGCUUAUCUUUACCUUGUUCAUUACUACAUCUAAUGGUGCAACACCUAUAUCGCCGGCUGGUCGUAGUUAUUCUUGUUCUGUCACUAUUAAUAACAAGCUAUAUGUCUUUGGUGGCGACCCUUUCGGAAUAAUAGGGACUACCCAAGCAAUAUAUCUUGAUAUAUCACUCAUUGGUACACCAAACCCAUGGUUUCUUUUGACUGAUAUACCUACUAGUGUUUCAGCUGCUAAUGCCGUAUUUAAUGGCAACAAUACUGUAUUUUUAAUCAAUUAUUCUACAGUUUAUGCUUAUAAUAUAUCUAAUAAUCAAUGGUAUCCAACGGAUAUAAAUGGAAUUAUACCUCAAAGUAGAACCCAAGCAACUGCUGUUAUUGAUAAAAAUGGAAUGAUUUGGUAUUUUGGAGGAACAAAUGUUACUACAAACACUUCUUUUAAUGACAUUAACUAUUUCGACACUAUCACUUAUUCUUGGUCUGUUGGUUCAACCGUGAAUGCUCCAACAACUCGUUUUAACAUGAUUUCAAUAUUUUUACCUAGUAGAGAAAUUCUUUAUAUUGGGGGUGUUGAUGGCUCUACUCGUAGAUAUAUUGAUAUGGCACAGGGGCGUGAGUUGUUUACAGCAAUCCUAGCACAAGAUGGCACUAUUAUAAUUUAUGGUGGAAACAAUAUUAAAAAUUCACCUACUCCAACAAUGGCAAAAUUGAAUACGAAUACUUCACCAUAUACAUGGACUUCUAAUGAAAUUAGCUCGGAUGCUCCACAAUACUUAACUGGUCAUGUAGCAGCAACAAAUGGAACUCAUAUGAUACUUGCACUCGGUGCUACAUCUAAUAAUGGGAUCUUUGAUCUUACAGAUAAAUAUACUAUUAUCAAUAGUCUCAAUUAUAAUAUAUAUACUCUUAAUAUACAAACUAAUGUAUGGUCGGUAAACUCAACGACACAUAAAUCUGUUACAUCACCCACAUCAUCUAAUACACCUAAUGGUAAAAAUAUUGAUGCAAAUAUAGGCAUUAUUGUGGUUGUUAUUAUUGCCGUCAUACUUGUUAUUAUUGCAGGUGUAUUAGCAUUUGUAUUCUAUAGAAAAUGUAAAAAAAAUAAUAAAGAUAAAGAAGUUAAAAUUAUUCGAAUAUCGGGUAGUAAUGAUAAUGAACAACCGCAAUAA